UCACAAGCAUUGAAGAUUUAGAUUUGCUGAAGACAGUUACGGUGGAACUACUCAGCCAUGGCCGGUGCCGAUCCCGAAAAGCUGAUCGCAAAAGCCGAUAAACUAACAAAACUUACUUUAACACGGUGGACUGCCGACUGGAGGAAUGCAACUCAAUAUUAUGAGCAGGCAGCGAAUGCGUAUAGGUUUGCCAAAAAAUAUGAGAAAGCAAAAGUAGCCUUUGAGAAAGCUUCAAAGGGACAAGAAAUGCUCUCUUCACCAUGGGAUGCUGCUAAGCAUAUGGAGUCUGCUGCUGCUUUGGCAGUAGAAUUAAGCAUAUGGAAUGAAGUUGCUGACUUUUACAGAAGGGCUUCUGAGCUGUACAAUGAGUGUGGGAGGUCACAGCCCGCAUCUGAUGCACUUGCAAAAGGUGCUCGUGCUCUGGAAGAUGCUCAGCCUGAUGAGGCCGUUGCAAUGUAUACUGAUGCUUGUUCACUACUUGAGGAGGAUGGCAAGGAGAAUAUGGUCUCUGAUCUAUAUCGUGCCAUCACAAGUGUUUACGUAAAGCUUGAGAAGUAUAUGGAUGCUGCAACUUUUCUUCUCAGAUGGGCCGUAGCAUCUAAUAAAUGCAAUGCUCUUCAUAGCCAGUGCAAGGCUUAUCUUAGUGCAAUUAUAGUCUACCUUUACGCUCAUGAUUUUAAGCAAGCAGAACAGUGCUACAAUGAUUGUUGUCAGAUUGAUACUUUUCUGAGCAGCGAUCAGAGUCAUUGUGCUAGUAAACUUCUUUCUGCAUACAGAGAAGCUGAUGCUGAAGAAAUCAAACGUGUAGCAAAAUCAGGCACUAUAUCCAACCUUGAUCAUGUGAUAAUCAGACUUGCACGGAAGCUCCCUACUGGCGAGUUGAUUGCAAUGGAAGCCAAUUCACUGGAGCAUGGAGAGGCACUCGAUGAAGAUGAUCUCACAUAGUCAUGAUAUCUCAACACAACUGCACACAUGGUGUAUGCUUUAAAAUAUGUGAAAAGGGGUAAAAUUAUUGGUUUUUUAUCGCAUAUAAUUUGUUGUAUGAUGCAUUUAGAAAGUCAUUUAUACAUUUAUGCAUUUAAAAGUCUGAAUGAACCAGAAAACUAUAUAUCUCGUUAUUUGCCUUGGCUUCGCUUUUUUAGCAAAUGAAA